AUUUUUAUUUUAAAUGCCUAGCAACACUUCAUGGACAGCAGGAUACCUUGCUUGGUGAUAGCUGCCAAGUCAGACCUACAUGAAGUUCGGCAGGAAUACAGCACUUCUCCAGCUGACUUCUGCAAAAAACACAAAAUGCCUCCACCCCAAGCCUUUACUUGUAACACCGUGGAUGCACCAAGUAAAGAUAUCUUUGUUAAACUGACAACAAUGGCCAUGUAUCCCCAUGCCCGGUUACGCUGUAUGUGCACCUGCAACAGGUGUACAUUUUGCAUCUGUCAGAACCUCCUCAACUCAGACUUGCUGCAAUCUGUAAAGAACAAACUCUUCACUGCAGUUCUUAACAGGCACGUGACACAGGCAGACCUCAAGAGCUCUACCUUUUGGCUUCGAGCAAGUUUUGGUGCUACAGUCUUUGCUGUUUUGGGCUUCGCCAUGUACAGAGCAUUAUUAAAACAGCGAAUAUCAAGAUUCUGGCUCUUUGCCCAGACACUGCAUAGCCUGUGGAUACUUGUUGAGACAUCCUAGAAGGACAACUGAAGCACUGGUUGUUUUGUUUUCGUUUCAUGGAUUUUUAUGGUUUUCUAGUUCCAGAUUUGCUGUGAGCCACCCAGAGUUGUUCUUUUUAAAAAUAAAGAAAUGGGUAAUCAA